AUGAACAUCAAAGGAUUAUUCCGGAGGAACCUCGACCUUUCCUCGUCCGAUAGAAAUGUCAUUUUCGACUACCUAAAUGCUGCCGGGAAAGAGCUGAAAGGAUACGAGGUCGAGAUCAACAAGCUCAAAGUAGCUAUUCUCUCUUUGGAAAAUAGGCGGGACCUGUUGAAGAACAAGAUGGAUGGAUAUCGUUCUCUGUUAUCACCGAUUCAUCGAUUGCCAACUGAGGUGUUGACAAACAUUUUCCAACACGACGCGCAAGCGGUCCUUCGUCCGAGAGUUGUGCCCGAAGUUAUCAGUCUCUCUAUGGUGUGCGGUCGUUGGCGCGAGGCGAUCUGCUCGACGCCAUCGUUAUGGACGAACAUCGACCUGGAGGUGAAAAUUUCCCAGUCCGCUGCCAAUGACAUCACCCGCCUUACAUACGUACUCCAACUUUUCUUAGCUCGUUCCAGGUCUGCACCGUUGAAUCUGACCCUAGCGGUACGCUCUUCAUUACCCGCCGAUCCGACGACUACCAAGUUACUUGAUGUCCUUGCGCAAAGCAUGAAUCGGUGGAGGGUUGUCGACUUGGAUAUAUCACCUGAUAUAUUCGAACAUCCCGCCUUGCAGUUGCUUCCCCAGCGGCUUUCAUCCCUUCAACAUGUCACCUUGUCAUCAAUGCAUUGA